AUGAACAUGGCCGCCGUGAUGGAUGUGGGCGUGGAUGAGCCUAAGUCUCCAACCGGGAUAGAUAGGGAGGAGAGCACCCACUUGGUGCAUGAGGACUCAGUGCGGAGUGAUGAGGAUGCUGUUUCUCCCAAACACGGCCCUGGGCCAAGGAGACCACUACCUGUUGUGGCCACCACCUCGCAAGUGGUUGAUGAAGGUCGUCCAGCACCGGUGUCUCCACUCAACAUCGUGAACCAUCUUGGACUGCAGAUGCAUGUGGAGAUGAUAGAUUUCAACGAUCUAGAGUUUGGCAAAUUUCUUGGAGCGGGAGCAGAAGGGCAAGUUUGGGCUGGUUGGUACCUUGAAACGCCUGUGGCAGUCAAGAAAACUGACUCGAUGCAUGAGGUUGAGAUGUUCUUGAGCGUGGGUCAGCAUGACAACGUUGUGGGGUGGCGGGGACUGUGCAAGAAGGGCUCCGACAUGUACAUCGUGCUGGAGUACUGCCCGCGGGGCACCCUCGACGUUAUGGUGCACCAGACGAUGUCUGCCCGGUGGGACCUCCGCAAGGUGCUGCAGAUAGUGAAAGGCAUAGCGCGAGGCAUGUUCCACCUGCACACGCGCCGACCUCCCAUCCUUCACAGAGACAUCAAGCCGGCCAACAUCUUUGUCAGCCAUGGGCUUGUGAUGAAGAUUGGCGACUUUGGCAUGAGCCGCCCCGUGUUGCCCUUGGACGAAGAGAGUUCACCAACUGCUUCCCACAGUGAACUUACUAGGCAGCUGACACCCGGCGUCAUCGGAACACCGACCUACACCGCCCCCGAAGUCCUUGAUGAGAGGCUGCAGAGCAAGGAAUUCAAAACAGAGCAAGCCCUGAAAAUCGAUGUGUAUUCCUAUGGGGUGACUCUAUGGGAGGUUAUGAUGCGUGAACGAGCUCAUGGAUCCCUGCAGUUCUACGAAAUCGUGACCCGUUGGGUGACCAACCCAGAAGAAAUGAAGUUGCCACCACUGCCGAUCCCGAGAGAUGAUAUGGAAUACAACAAGAAGGUCAUCCGGUCACUGUCGGAGCUUAUUGGACAGUGCACGUCCAUUGACCCCGACAACCGUCCAGAUUUCAGGACGAUCCUCAGGAGGCUGAACCAACUGCACAAGGAGCUUGGGAGGGAGAUGAACAUGGUCACGAGCCAGGACAAUCGGUGA